AUGGCCAAGACAAUUCAAAAUACAAUAACGGGUCCAUGUCUUCCGGAUUUGCAAACCCUUUAUAACACCAGUUUCGACCGAAUCUCGUACGUCAACACAGUUUCCGUUGGAGCGCUGUGUAGUAAUGUUAACAAGCAGAUUGCUUAUAUGAUGUGUCUGAUCAUAAUAGGCAUAACCACUUCACUCUAUACCCUAUUCUGUGGCGGAGUCGAUUCCUUUAUUAACGUAUGGAUAGUGGAGAUGUGGGGACAGAAUUGCGGGCCAUUCGUACAGGGAUUGCAGUUUAUGUUGGUCAUUAACUGUUAUAUGGAUUGCAAGUGUAUUGGUAGGACUGGGAUUAGGUCCCAUAAUCGAUAA